CCGUCAUGAAAUAUCUAUAUGAGGGAGUGUAUGGAGCACAAGGAAUAUUCAAUGUAUGGCAACCGUAUGUGGAAUCUCAUGAUUUUUUUAGCCUUAGUCAAAUUUGGCUUAUCCGUGACAAAGGACUGCCAACAAUGCAAACAAUGGAAGCCGGAUGGAUAGUCUACCCAUCUUAUUAUGGCGAUUCUCGACCAAGAUUGUUUGUAUAUUGGACGGCUGAUCGUUACAACAAAACAGGUUGCUGGAAUCUAUACUGUGCGGGAUUUGUGAUGUCCGCAGAUUCAAAAUACUAUCCGGGCCAACCAAUAGAACCUGUAUCUGAGUAUGAAGGACCUCAGAUUGAAAGAGAAAUACGCAUAAAAAGAGAAUUUUUACAAGGCCAGCGAGUAUGGUACCUAUAUAUACAAAAUGAAAGAGUGGGUUAUUGGCCUGGAUCAUUAUUUGAUUCAUUGGCUGAAUCAGCGGAUCGUGUGGAAUAUGGAGGGGAAGUUGUGAUUUAUGUCGAUAAUGCAGGAACCCCACAUUCAAGAACACACAUGGGUAGUGGUCAUUUCCCUGAAGAGGGUUGGUCACGUGCAGCCUAUAUUAAGAAUAUCGAAAUACACAACUCUAAUGGUACUCUUGUGUACCCUCCAGAAACCAAUGGUGUAACAAACUCAAAAUGCUAUAAUUUGGCUACUCAUGCUAAUCAAACAUGGGGUCAGUACAUGUUCUUUGGAGGUCCCGGGGGAGAUAAUCCUAGUUGUGUUAAUUGAUGAUUAGUUGAUGUAGGGAUACAUUUUAUUAAUGCAUCUAUGCUUUUAUUAUGUAAGCUUAUUGAAAUAAAG